AUGGACAACGAAUGCCCGAUAUGCCUCGAUGUUAUCACUCCGCUGAGUGAAAAGAAGAUGCUGGUGUCGAAGGUUUGCGAUCACAAGAUUCGCUCAAAGCCACCAGUAUCAUCCCAAGUCGGCCAGGCGCAGUGCGCCAUCUGCCGGUGCCACAUAAGCAGGGCUUCCUUCGCCCCGUUCGACAUUACGCAGGCGUAUUACAGCGCGCUCAGGGAUGCGCGCAAGCGCGUUCUGCAGGUGUACAACGACACCCGAAGCAACUUCAAGGACACGCCGGAGUACAACAAGUUUCUCGAGGAGAGGGAAGAGAUGAUAAACACGCUGGCUGCGGGUAGGAACGACCUGCGGUGGGAGAAGGUGGAGACGGAAUUGAAGAACUAUGAGCGCCAACAGGCAUCGCGCAUAUCGGAGAAUAUAGUAGCGCAGCAAAAUGAACUGCGUAAGCGCGUCAAAUACAUCGUGGAAACCGAAAAGACCUUCUACGAGAUGGUGGACAAGGGCGCGCCAUUCAACCUGUGGAAGGUCGAAGAUCUGGUCCACACCCUGCAGCGCACUCACGCCUCCUUCUUCGCCGAAGACAAGGAAGUCACCUCGUCGACAGGCGAAUGCAAACCUCUCAACGCCGCGAUAAGAAACGACACCGACAUCCCACGACGAAUGCUGGCCUCCAGGGAUGAGGUUCUGGCGUGUGAUAUCGCAGGAGGGUACAACACAGCGCUGGUUGCGGAGCGUUGUCAGAUGCAAGUGGAUCUAAUGCUGCUCUGGAACUUAGUAUAG